AUGGGUGUGGGAGGCGCAGCCCAGGACACUGGGGCACAGCAGAAGGUCCGGACUGAUGAGGCUGUCCAGUGGCGGGAGGGAGGAGCUAGCCGAGGAGGCUGGGAGUCAGGAGAUCCAGCGCCAAGCUCCAGUGAUGGUAGCUGGAGAUAUCUUUCCAGAGCCCACCUGAGGGCACCCAAGUCUUUUGGACACAUCAAGGUACGGGAAGCUCACUCCCUUCUAGGCAGCCCACCCCACGACGGUGCUCGAGCCCCUAUGGUGGCCUCGAGGCGCCAGGCUCUCCGACCUUGGCCGUAUGCAGCCGUCUGGCCACCGCGGCACCUGGCUGGGGGUGGCGACGCGGCUGGGCAGGCGCUGCUGUCCCCAGCCCCAGUGCUGAGGCGCGCAGAGCGCAGUGGGCUCUGGUGGAGGUCGGGAGAACUGCAGGGCGAAGGCCGCCGGGGGCUCCGCGGGCGGCAGGGGGAGGCACUUGACACCGGCCCGGGAGAGGAGGGGCCGCUGUCCCUGCGGCCAGUGCUGGAUGCGGGGACCCAGCGCAGAAGCUGCGCCAGGGGCGCUAGGACCGCCCGCCGCCCACGCCGCUCCCGCCGCGGCGCCCCGGGGCCCCCGGUGAUGUCUCCCGGGCGGCUCCGCAGCGCCGGGGCCGGAGCCAGCGCGGCCACGGGGGGCGAGCGGCGGGCGGAGGCCUGGGCGGCAGGCGGCCGGAGGGAGGGAAGGAGGAAGGCGGAGAGAAGGGGCGGGCGGGGGGGACCCGGCGGAGGAGGCGGAGAGAGGGAGCGCGACAGCGACGGAGGGAGGGAGCGCGGCAGGCAGCGGGCGGGCCGGGAGGCGGCGCGGGCGGCGGCGCGAGCAGAGGACGAGCCGGGACGCGGCGCCGCGGCAGCAGGGCGAGCCGGGCCGCCCGACCCGCCGGGCCAUACGGUAACCAGCACGGCCCGCGGCCCCCGAGUUGGGAGGGUGGGCGGGCGGGAGGGCGCAGCGGGGCGGUGGGGAGCGCGGCUCGGACCCCGCAACUCGGUGCGCGGGGCGGGCGCUGCGGGCGGGGACGGCCCGGGCCGAGGGUUUGUUUAUGUCCCCGCGGCUCGCCCGCCGCCCCUCUCCUGCGCGUCGCCUCCCCCGCGGACGCCCCUCGGCGCCCCCGCCCGGCCCGGGCUCAAGUUCAAGUCCGUACAAUGCCGCGGGGGGCCUCCGCCGGCCUGCGCGCUACCCGACGCGCGCUGCCGCAGGGCCCCACCGCCUCCGCCUUCCGGGCUCUGCCCCCGCCCCGGGGCCCUGCCAGGGCCUGCAGCCGUGCGCUGCGGGGCGCGGACCCGACCCGGAAUCGGGCGGCGGGAGGGGAACCGAGGGGGCGCGGGCGGGCGGCCGGGGAGCGCCGUGGCCACGGCAGAAAAUGGCAGCCUGGCACGACCCGGGCCCCGCGCCCCGCCCCGCCCCUCCCCCGGGCCUGGAGGCCCCGCGCGGCGGGGGGACCCUGGAGGCCCCCGGCAGGGCCGAAGGGCGGCCAGGGCCCGCGCCCGGGAGCGCGGCGUCGCGAUCUUCCCGCGGCCACCUGUGGCUUGGGGGUGCGGGGCGCCGGCGGGCCUGGGAGGGGCGCGCGCUUGGGGAGCGUGCCCGUUCGGGGGGCGCACGCUCCGGCGGAGGCCAGGCGGAACGGCGUGGAGGGGGGGGCGUCGAGCCCGGCUCCUCCCUGCCCCCGCUGCGGGCCGUGGGAGCGGGGCGGCGGUGGUGGCGGCGGCGGCGGCGCCGCAGUGUGGGGGCGGGGCGGGAGUGGGCGAGGAUCCCCGGGCCCGGCCGCGGAGGGCUGGAAGGUGCGGGGGCGGGAGCGGCGAGGCUGGAAACGACUCCGGUGGGGAUGCCGGGGUCGCCUGCAGCAGACUCCCCCUGCCUGCACACACUCACACGCACCCCCGCCGGGCCGCUGUAGACGUGUCCUUGAAAGCUUCGCAGCUGCACAGUGAAGGACGAGGCCUCGCGGAGGCUGCGGAUCGGGGGUCUCGGUCCCCACGUUGCCCACACCUCAGGAGACCCCGAACCUUAGAGCGGCGCCGGCCACGGUCCGUGUCCCGCCCUCACCCGGGCUCCCCACUCCAGGCCGUCAAGCCCUCCCUCCUCGUUGGCGCGGACCGAGCUGGCAUGUGUCCAGGGCCCGCCCCCCGGCCUCCCCCAGCCCCUCUUCGCGGGGCCCGCGGCCCUAUGGCUGCCAAACUUCAUUUUGCUUUCCUGGAGCCUGCCUUCUUGGGGGCACCCUCUCCCUUCGCUCUCCCCUCAGUUGCUUCCCACUGUCUCUGCAUCCCCUCCUCUCGUCUUCUCCUGCAAAGCCAGCUGAGUAGGUGUGAGCACCCUGAGUGGGAAUAG